UAAGUCAUUGCAGCCAUCACAAGUAGGAUUGCCUUCUCUGUCAUCCAAUUCACAUUUACAAUCAAUGCCAGUAGUAGUAACUACUACAAAUACAACAUUGAAUAGCAAUUCUCAAUCAAUGUUGAUGGUAACAGGUAAUCAGAAAUCUAAUAUUGGAUGGAAAUAUACGAAAUCAAAUCAAAUGGCUGUGACAUCAGUAAACAAUAACAAUUCCAUUUCAUAUUUCCCUAAUCCAGAUAAUAAUAACAGCAGUAAUAACAAUAGCAAUAAUAAUAACAGUAAUAAUAAUAAUAAUAAUAAUAACAACUCAUCAAAUAUAGACAAUGUACACAAUCCUAACGAUGGAAACAUUACACACAAUACACUUCAAUCAAAUUUAACUGGACUACAUCUACCAAAUAUAUAAGAAAGCGUCCUUUCUUGUCUCCCCUUCCCAUUUGAUCUCUUUCAAAUAUAAUACAAAAGGCCUAGUGUAAAUGUGUUACAUAUUUAAUAGUAGUAAUAACAAUGACUGAAUCAAUUAGUGACUUGUUUCAAAAGUAGAAUAAUUAUACAAGCAUUACAUAUAUUGAUGAUAAUAAUAAAUGAAGUAUUUCAGUAAACUUAAUCACCGAAAUUUUCAUUUAAUUUUUUCUCCCUUUUCUA